AAAAUGAUAAACACCUAAAAAGAAUUUAAUCAAAAAAAAAACCAGAAAACCAAAGUUCUCGGUUACAAGUUAUGUAAAUUUGACGACGACGAAAUCUUUAUUUUUGGUUUUCAGCAAAAAUCAUCUGAUUUAUUUGUUUUUUGUUGUGAUUUGUUUUGCAUCAAUCAAUUUAUCAACCGAAAAUGAAUUUGAAGUUUUUGUUUGUUUGAAAAAUCCUAACAUUAUUUUUUGCCCAUCAAAUUGUUGUUGAUUGAUAUUUGGUUUUCUUAAUCUUCGAUAACUUUGAUAUUAUUAUUGUUAUUUCAUGUGAAUUUUUUGACAAAAGAAAACCAAAACAAAGUAAAAAAAUGAGUAGCUUAGCAAAUAAUAAAAAUAAACUUGGCCUAACAUUACCAUCGACAAUUGGUCAAACGGCCAAUUCAUCAUCAUUAUCGACAAAAAAUCCUACAAAUAUAUCGACGACGGCAACGAAAUUAAAUGAUUCAAUUCAAUCAAAAAAUCAUUCAUCAUCAUCUGCCAUCCAUAAUAAUAUCAUUAAUGAUGAUAUUGAUGGUGGCCACGGUGGUGGUUAUUUUCAACCACCAUCAUCAUCAUCAUCAAUUCCAUUAGAAUCGCAACAACAACAACAAUCAUCAGGCCAUCGACAACAACAACAAUCAACGAAUCAAAAUCAUGUACAAAAAAAUAUUAAAAACAAUGAAUCAAAUGAUCAUUGUAAUCAUCCUCCACAUCAACAACAACAACAAAAAUCAACGAAAAAAUUGUCCGAAAAUAAUCAGAAUAAUAACAAUAAUGUUAGUGUUGAUCAACCAGAUGCAAAUCUAAAUGAAUUAUUACGAUCAUUAGAAGGAUUGGAAUUAGAUGAUCAACAACGUAUACGAUUAGAAACAUUUAUAUUAUCCAAACGUAAAGUUGGUGAUCUAGUUAGUGCCGAUGAUUUUAUUGAAAUGCAUGCAUUAGGUUCGGGUAAUGGUGGUGUUGUUAGUAAAGUAUUACAUCGUCCAACACAAACAAUAAUGGCAAGAAAAAUGAUUCGUUUAGAAGUUAAACCUGUGAUACGUAAUCAAAUAUUAAGAGAAUUAAAAAUAUUACAUGAUUGUAAUUCACCACAUAUUGUUGGUUUUUAUGGUGCCUUUUAUUCGGAUGGUGAAAUUAAUAUCUGUAUGGAAUAUAUGGAUGGUGGAUCAUUUGAUCUGGUAUUGAAAAAUGCUGGCCGUAUUGAUGAACAUAUAUUGGGUAAAGUUGCAACAGCCGUUAUAAAAGGAUUAAAUUAUCUUCGUGAAAAACAUCAAAUUAUUCAUCGAGAUGUAAAACCAUCGAAUAUAUUGGUAAAUUCACGUGGUGAGAUAAAAAUUUGUGAUUUUGGUGUUAGCCGACAAUUAACCGAUUCGAUGGCCAAUUCAUUUGUCGGUACACGUUCUUAUAUGUCGCCCGAACGUUUACAAGGAAUGGAUUAUUCAGUACAAUCAGAUAUAUGGAGUUUUGGUUUAUCAGUAGUCGAAAUGGCAUUAGGACGUUAUCCAAUACCACCACCAAAUGAAAAAGUAUUGCGUAUGAUAUUUGGUGAUGUUUAUGAUCCAAAAUUAGAUCAUCCAUCAUCAACAACAUCGUCGGCAAGACAACAACAAGCAUCAUCUUCGACAUCAUCAACAACAUCAUCACCUUCAAUCAUUCCAGAAUCAUCAUCAUCAUCACAACAACAGAAUUUUGGCUCAAAUCAUAGUAAUAGUAGUGGAAGCGGUGGUGGUGGUAGUGAUUAUUUAGCCGUACAACCAUUAUCAAUAUUUGCUCAAUUGGAUUAUAUUGUUUUGGAUCCACCACCAACAUUACCAUUGAGCGUAUUUAGUCGUGAAUUUAAAGAUUUUGUUGAUUCUUGUUUGAAAAAGAAUCCAAGUGAACGACCGGAUCUUAAUGGUUUAAUGAAUCAUCCAUAUAUAAAACGUUCGGAACAGGAAAAAUUAGAUAUUGCACCUUGGAUAUGUAAAGUGAUGAAUUUAAAACCACCACCACAAGAUACGGUUACAACAUCAACGUUUCAUAUAUCAAAAGAUUCAUCGAUGAUGACGACGACGAAUAAUUUAUGCAGCUCUGUUAAUAAUAAUGAUAUUAAUGAUGAUGAUGAAAGCAAUAGUCGUCAAAUUAGACGACAACAACAACAACAAUCAAAUACAAAUAUAAGCAGCUGAUUGAUUGAUUGAUUGAUCGAUCGAAUCGAAAACAUAAUUGCACAUUGUCGCCUACCACCUUUGAACCUUGAAUCCGAAUAAUCAUCAUCUUUUGAAUUGAAAAAAAAACAAUAAUGUGAUUCUUUCAUCCCCCCUAUAUUUCUUUUUUCUUCUUCACAUCAUACACACACAUAGACAGACAUUCACAAUUAAUUUUAAUUCCGAUUCCAAAUCGAAAUCACAUUACAGAAAACAGUGAAAACUUGAAAAAAAAAUCAAUCAAUUUAGAUCAUCAUCAUAUAAAUUAUUUUCUU